GUAACAUCCGGUUCACGUUUAUCUAGACAAAAGGAAUGACAGUAGCAGUUUAAGGCCGAGAAAAAAAAAUUUUGUUGUUAGAUCUACAGAAUUCAUAGAGCGAAAUUAAAUAGAGAUACAUCGAUCGACAAGAAAGGAAGCAGUCAUACAUUGUGUGAGUGAUUUAAUAAUCGUAUAUCAUGCCGAACCACGACGAGUUGGUUUCGCAAUUUACAGAUGUAACUGGUGUUGAACCAGAAAGAGCACAAUUUUACCUUGAGUCAUCUGCUUGGCAGCUCGAGGUUGCACUUGCAAGCUUUUAUGAAAACGAUGAGCCUCCUACAUUGGUAAAUGAAUCUGUCGAAAGUGCCGUACAAGAAGAAGAUAUAGAAGAUAGUUCAAAGAAUAUAGUGAAACAUAAAGAAGCUAGCACAAUGGAUAAAAAUACAGCUAAAAAUAAAUCCAAACCAAAACCAAAAUUUAGUACAAUAAGUGAUUUACAAAAUAGAGAUAGUAGUUCGGAAGAAGAAGAAGGACAAGCCUUCUAUGCUGGUGGAUCUGAACACAGUGGUCAACAGGUACUUGGUCCAGGGAAAAAAAAUGAUAUCAUAAGCGAUAUGUUUAAAUCGUGUCAAGAACAAUCUAUUUCUAUAGAACCUAGAACAAGUGGACAACAAAGACCAAAUACAUUCAGUGGUACUGGUUAUAAAUUAGGACAAACUAAUUCAGAUACAGAAGUUGUGUCAGGAGCACAGUCCAAUCAACAAUCUAAUACUGGUCUUAUUACUCUGAAAUUAUGGCGCGAUGGUUUUACUAUAAACGAUCGUGAAAUUCGCCCAUAUAGUGAUCCAGAAAAUAGAGAAUUUUUAGCUGCUAUCAAGCGAGGAGAAAUUCCUGCAGAAAUUCGACAAGAAGUUCAAGAUGCAGAAUUACGAUUAGAUAUGGAAGAUCAUCAUCACGAAGAAUAUGUUCCUCCAAAAACAAAAGUUAAAGCUUUUACUGGGAAAGGGCAUAUGUUGGGAAGUCCAUCUCCAGCUACUGUUGGUAUGACAAUUCCAACUGAUCCAGCAGAUCAAGCAGCCAAUGAAUCACAAGCAAAAAAGCAAUUAAAUUUAGAUACAGCUAAACCGAUCACUACAAUACAAAUUCGACUUGCAGAUGGAAGUAGUGUACGAGCGCAAUUCAAUUUAACUCAUACCAUAAGUGAUCUCAGAAGAUAUAUAACAACUAUGAGGCCUCAAUAUGCCAUGAGAGACUUCAGUUUAUUAACUAUGUAUCCAACUAAGGAAUUAACAGAGGAUAAAACAAUUGAAGAAACGGGUUUAAAAAAUGCAACCAUAAUGCAACGACUAAAAUAAGCUUUCCUAUGACUUUAGUUAAUAAAAUUCAGAAAAUGUAAUAACUAGGUGGUAAAAAAUAUAUAUAUAUGCACAUGCAUAAAAACAAAA